AUGGCGAGAACACGCGCGACAGCAGCUAGAGGUAGAGGUGGAGGUAGAGGAGCUGGCAGAGGGGCGGCCCCAGCUGGGGGCGGCGUCCCAGUGGUUGACCCCGUGCCUCCAGUGGUUCCUAACGAGGCAGCAGGAGAUGCAGCCGCACCAGCCCAGCCAGCAGCAGUACCAGUUCCGCCAGGAGCUGCAGCUGCUCAGGGUAUACCAGAUGCUAUGGCACAGGUGCUGAAUUGGUUGCAUGGGUUAGCACAGGCCGGAGCUAUACCAGCCGGUCCAGCAGGUAGGGGCGCAGGAGUAGCAGCCCCAGGUCCGGACAGAGUACAGGCUCAGGAGAUAGUGGAGCAUGUCCGUAUUGUUGAGGGUAUUAGGCAGGAGAGUCAUGCGAAGCAGGUAGAGAAGAAGGCCCGUAGGGGUGGGAUGUUCAGCAACUCCUUCUCGAGGGGUCAGAGUUCACAG